AUGGCGCUGCUACAAGCCCGCGCGGCGGCAUUGCUGCUGCUCUUCCUCUAUGCAUUCUCCGCCUUCGCAGCUAGUCUUCAGUCGAACGUUUCCAGCCUUUCGAACGCAUCCUACUCUGACGCUACCAGCUUGCUGAUGGUGAACAGCUCCUCAAACAACAAUGAGUAUGGCGACUGCUUCAACCCGGCCACACCGCGUAGGGGCCUCUACCCAGCCAGAGAGCAAGACUGCGUCAACGCUGCCAAGGAACUGUUUUACUUCAGAGACCCUUUCCGGCCCACUACAUUCGCCAGAAGAAAUAAUGUUGGUUUCAGGCUUCCAAAGGUGGUCCGAAACGGAACGUGCGUCAUCUCAAUAGACGUAAUGAAUGAUGCGGAUAAGGACAAAUUUAAGCCGUGGCUGGUCUAUACUACAGCCAUGGACAUAGCGCACAGAUGUACUCAGGCCGCUUUUGGUUUCGGUGGGAGGAGCAUGGCGGGACCGAAGAAGGUGGUAGACGUUCUUGUCUUCGGGAGGGGUUUACCUCUUAAAAAUGGGGUAGUUGGGCCGGCAGAAUCGGAGAGUGCUGUCAUCGUCGCUAGAGAGCAGUUGGCUCGCGACGAUUCAAGCUUGCUGAAUGAAACUUCGCUCAACUUGAUUGAGCUGUCGGCGGUGGACACCACUAGUCUGGACGACAGAUUGGGCGUAAAUGCCCCUCAGCUCGGCGGAGCCUUAGUAUGUGCCGAUCCACCUCUACCACGCGAACGAGCUUGGCCGAUCAACUUCAGAGAUUGUGAGAUGGUCACAAACGCAAUCUUUGGGGAUAGGCAACGCGAUCAGAAGUAUACCUUUAGCCGAGAACCCGUGGCCACGAAGUUCUAUUAUCCUCUUCCUGCGAAGUUUAGGUACAGGUCAUGUGUGAUCCUUUUGGACAUGAACAACAAUAAUGAUCAGGAUACAGUGAGGCUGUCGAUCGUUGAGGCUACUGCAUGGGUGCUGGCGCAUAAGUGCUCCGGCGAAGAGAGAUCCGUGGAUCAGUUUGGUGGACGGGCGACUGUGGGUGUUGGAGCGAAGGACUUGAUCAACAUAUGGGUCUAUGGAAGCCUAUGGCCAACACCAGGUGGGGCGUCGAACGUGACGGGUCUGAUUCUAGCUCAGCCCGCACGCUUGAUAGAUAGCGAGUAG